CACACCCCUAGCCCCUCCCCAGACCUCGUGGGAGGCCGCCAGGCACCACGGCCUGUUGUCCAGAGGGCCCUGCCUCUUCCUUGGGCUCAGUGUCCCCAGCACGUGGGGCUCCACGACCUCGCAGCGGUUCGUGGAGGGAGAUGGGCCACAGCCCAGACGGACACGGCCCCGCACCCCGUCCCCUUCCCCGGUACCGGUGGACACACCAAAGCGGCCUUUGGAGGGGGCGACUGAGCACAGUGAGUGCUUCCACAAGUCAGGCUUGAGAGAGCAGAUGAUGCCAUCCAGGGCGCCGGGCAGCAGCACUCCCCGCACCAACAGCACGACGAGGACCACGCAGGGGAAGAGGCAGGGUCCUGGGCAGGACGGAGUGGACUGGGCCGGCCAGAGACAGAGGCGACAGCGAGGUGACCGCGAAGACCUCUGCCUCCGUCCCACCCUCAGCAGAGCAGGACAGGUAGGCAAAGGAGGGCCACGGGCCGGGUCCCCCCAGGCUGGCCGCAAAGCAGAGAGUGAGGAAGUAGUGAGUGAGGAAGAGAGGGAAACUGGGGCAGGGAUGCCCGACACAGGCAAGUUCAGCUGGGGGUCGCCUGGGCCUGUCCCCUCAGGACGGAAGUCGGCUGGGCUGGAGUGUGGAGGUUGCGGAGCACUACCCAGGCACGCGUGGGAAAUCCACCGGGCUGGGUUCAAGGACCUGCCCCCGCCUCAGGCCCUGGCCCGGUCACCUCGCAUGGCAGGGUCCACCUGCCCCCCCCUAGCGGAGACACCCCUUCUCCCCACCGGCCAUGCUGCCCCCACCCCUGCCAUCAUCACCCACCCCGACCCGCCGGCCUCCAGCUGUACCUUUCCUGUUGACUUGACCCCCUUGCAGACACAGAAGUAGGCCAGCACCCAGCAGGCCUGCAGACACAGGGUCACCUCCCAGUUGAGGGCCCCUGGCACGUCCAGCCCCCCCACCCCGAGAGCCGAAAGACUUUGUUCCUGGGGGGAGGGGGGGACAGCCCGUCAGGGCUGCCGCAGCAGAGGGCAAAG